AUGCCGGAAUGGUGGUGGGUCGAGGCAAGGAGCGACUAUAAUCACUUGGCAACGUUGACGAGGCAGCUGGACUCUCGUAUCUCCAUUAUGGUUCUCCUAUCUUUCGCCACCGAUCUGUAUUUCAUCUGCAUACAGCUGCUUUUCUCCUUCAACCCCAUGCAGGACACCAUAGAGAAAAUCUACUUUGGCUUCUCCUUUGGAUUCCUGCUGGCGAGAACGACGAUGGUCUCUUUGUGCGCCGCGACGAUUCACGACGAGUCGUUGCUUCCGGCUCCGAUUUUGUACAGCGUUUCCACAAACAGUUUCUGCACAGAAAUCAACGGAUAGCGAGCUUUCUUAUAACUGAAGAGAAGCUACGCUAUUAUCAUUCGGUGACCAGUGUCGAACCUAAAUGGUUGGACAGAUCUUGUAUCACUGCAUAGUAGAUAUUUAUGCGGAUUUUUAUGCGUUCGUAGGAAAUUUCAAGAACGUACACAGCAUGGAAAAAUAUAUAAAAUAUCGAAAA